AUGGAGGACCAGGCUCAACUUGCGAGCCUUCUGGCGGAAUCCGACCCCAUCUCCAACCUCAACUCUCAACUGCCCGUGGCGUCGCCGGUAAGCAUGGAGGACUUUGUUGAGCAAUGCAGUGGAUUAAUCGAAGGAUUUGACCCUCGUUCUCAUACGGAUCCCCAGAAGCGCUCUAUCUCUGUACCAAAAAGCCGACUCUCUGUAACUCCGUUCCAGCUCUGUGAAGCAUGGAAAAUGCUAAACCAACGUGAAAGGACCGGGGGACUACGCGGCGGUCUGCAAGCCAGCGCCGCAGGUACGGGCAAGAGCUUUAUCGUUAUAUCGGCCGUGCUUCUUCGCGCUUCCAUUUUUGCCUCUGCGGCGGAAGUUAAGGCGUUUUGGAGCAACCCCAAAAAAGCACGCAAGACAGGGCCAGCUGCCGCCUCGCACUUACCGGCUUCUGCUAGCGGUGAGGGGCUGAAAUGUCCUUCCCAGAAGCAAAACGCAGUGGUCUGCUAUUGUGUACCAACCUCAAAAGCUCGCAGCUUCAUUGACGCUGGCGUUGGCCCCUCUGGUGCUGCCCUCAUUCAAGCCCCAUUACCUGUGGUUGGGCAGUGGAUUUCGAUUUUCGAAAAGGCAGUCCUCGAUCCGGCGUACAAUCUCUGUAUCUUGCAUGCCGAUGUGCCAUCACGGUUGAAGCGAGACUUUGGUCAGGCCACUAAGUCCCUGACUCGUCCAGCAGGAAGAAAUCUACUGGGAGCGCCGGAAACAUACAUCUUCCUCUCGGCCCACGGAAACAAGAAAAUGCUUGAUACUUUCACGAGUGAGGACACUCCAUCAAUUGGGGUCAUGUUCAGUGACGAAAGUCACAUGGCGAUGCGUCUGGAGUCCCGAUCGAUGGCCAUUGCCAAGACACAAUCGAAGGUCGGCCAAGGGCUAGACCUGUGGCUUGUAAGUGCUACUCCGAUCCGCUUACUUGAAGAUUUCGAGCUACCCAUCAGCCUCAUCAGCAACUCUAGCGAUCUAUCGCGCGCUGCAACAGUUGCAGACAUUAUCGCCGCACGUAAUACGGCCAGGUCCUCGGACCAGGACAUGGAGACGUUCCAAGCACACUGGAGAAGAGUCUUUGACGACAAUCUGGUAUUGAGGAAUACGGUCACAUCGCAGUUCUUCGGAAAGCCAAUUACUGGACUGCAGAUUACCAGCCCGAACAGGGUUUGGUUGACAACCCCACAGCAGUAUCUUGACAAUGUUCAGGAAGUCGCAUACGAAGCCAGAGAAGUAUUCCGCAGUCAAGCACGCAUCGCCAAAGACAACGAAGAAGUUUACCAGCCUCAGUACGCCUUAAAUGUUGACGCUGCUCUUCACUUCGUUUCACUUUUCCCUGCCGCUGCUAAACUCAUUCGACAGGGAGACCUCGAUAUUGAGGAAGAGAGUUUGAGGAACAGCAUCGACGCGAUGACGCAGUCUAACAAGCUCAAGGUCGAGACAAUAGCACGAUUCCAGCAGCAUCUAGAGGAGAUUGUCCACGAAUCUCCGAAGCUAGAGUUCAUCCUAGACGAGAUCUGGCGCAUGCGUGAACAAGACAACGACAAACGCGCUCCGAACCCUGAGGCGCGGGCCAGCAUCCACGAGGAGAAUCUUUCUCUCAAGAAAAUGGUAAUAGUGACGCCAACUCUCGGUACUGCCGUCUUUCUCUAUUUGAUUCUACUGAAGCCUCGGAAGAAUGCUAAGCACUCUUACAUUCUCAUUACACCCUUCUCCGCUGCAGGAACCGGGCUCAACUUACAGUCGGCCAACUACCAAAUCCUUAUCAGCCCUCUAAACAGCCGCGACUCAGAGACACAGUGCUUUGCGAGGACAAACCGGACGGGGCAGAGGCUCGCACUCCACCACAAUAUGCUUAUAACCCAGGACAAUCCUGCUGAUCAAAUCAACAUUGCAACAUACGCCGGUCGAACGAUCAGGAACGAUCCUUUCGAGAUGAGUAGCCGGUUGGUGCUUGCCGAGCCAGAUGGGUCCAAAGCUAUACAGCGGCUGGAGGACUGGGGCUAUGAUGUCACUGACCUUGAUAUUAGCAGUGAGAUCCACACCGAACUCGAAGAAUACCCAAUUCUCGACCCGUCAGAGUUUCGAGUAUGCCGCAUCGGUGCUCCAUCCGUCACCAACGGCACAGUCGAUGAGCUGCUCUACUUCAAAUCGGACAGCAGCUUCGGGGACACCCUAGCCUGUACCCAGGCCUGGAACGCAAGAAGCGAUCCGCGACAUAAACAUGAGAAGCUUCCGCUUCGCGAGAUCCUUUGA